CUGAUUUGUUACUGCUGACCAGAAGCACAUGACCAGGCGUGUUUACACCUGCAGUGACAGCAGCCUUAGCCUUAGAUAACAUUACCGUCGCGGUCCGAGGAGGACAAACUGUGGCCGGAAGUAGAGUGUCAUUUGUUCCGUGGUAAACUUGCCACCUGCAGGCCUCAGGGUCUUGAGCCCUGGAAACCAGCCCUCUGUCCACCAUGGGCGAGACAGAUGUGGAACAGGUGACCCUGGCUCUGCUUGAUGCUGCCAAUGACAAAGACGCUGAGGUCCAAGCUCAGGUUAGGAAGUCAGUGCUGACUCUGGGAAAAGAACAGCCUGACAGAGUGCUUGCAAUGUGUCAGGACUACCUGCUGAAACACCCAAAGUUGGUAGUUAGCCACAGAGUUGUGAUUCUUCAAACCAUUGAGCUGAUUGUCGGCAGCAGGAUAGACGCCAUCACGUACCCCAGGAUCAAGAGCAUCAUCUCCUUGGCCUCUGAUGAGAUGACACGAUCAAAGGAAGUUGUCCCUGACUGGCAGCAGGCAGCCAGUAACAUUCUGGUCGCCGUGGGCAACAAACACAUCAAUGACAUAAUGGAGGAGAUACUUAGUAAAUUUCAGCCUGGAGUUUUGCCUCACUUUUUUGUGGUCCAGACAUUAGCGAAUCUCUCGGAUUCAAACGUUUAUGGCAUGGUGCCUUUCCUGAAUGCUAUUCUUGGCACCAUGUUGCCCAUGCUGAGCCUAGCCAAACAAGACAACAUGAAGUGGGUGUUCUCCUCCGCCUUGUGUCAUUUCAGUGACAGUAUCAUGGAGUACCUUGCCAACCUUGACAAGGCUCCAGAUCCCACAGUCAGGCCAGACACGUUCUCCAGUGAAAUCUAUGCUGCCUUUGACAUCCUCUUCAAUAACUGGCUGCAAAGCAGAGAAUCCAGGUUGAGGCUAACAGUCGCUGAGGCAGUUGGCUCGAUGUGCCAUUUGAUGGCUAGCGAUAAACUGGAGGAGCAGAUUGCCAAACUCAUUCCUGCCAUUCUGUCUUUGUAUAAGAAAAACAACGAGCACUACAUCAUUAGCAAGAGUCUAUGCCAAGUUAUUGAUGCUUCUGUCAACAUGGGCAGCAGGGUGCUCGAGACACAACUGGACAGUCUGCUUUUUGCACUCCAUCAACAGGUGUCCACCUCUGUUGAUUAUAGUAACCCUCCUACAGUCAAGAAUCACAACGAGGUCCUGCGUUGCUUCAGUUUGUUAGCUAAUGCUUUCCCGGACCGACUGGUAAUGUUUGUUCUUCAGAAAUUAGAGAACAGCAACGAGAGGAGCAGAUUGGGCUCCCUGGCUGUCCUACGUCACCUCAUCAACUCCAGCACUUCAAUGAUGGAGACCAAGAAGCUUCUCAUUCUAGCUAGCAUCAGGCAACCAAUGGCUGACCACAGCAACAAGGUUAAGAAGCGCGUGGUCCAGGUGAUCAGCGCCAUGGCCCAUCACGGUUAUUUAGAGUUAGACGGCGGAGAGUUACUGGUGAGAUUCAUCGUUCAACACUGUGCCUUACCGGACACGUAUCAGAGGGGUCAGAAAACUGAAGACCCAGAAGAGGUCACAAAUGAGGCCCUGAGGUCAAUGUGUGACAACACCCUUCAUCUACUGACCACGACUGUUGGACGGCUGGCUGAUGUGCUGUGGCCAAAGCUGCUCAACUAUCUAACACCUCCACAGUACAACAACGCCACCACUUCGCUGUGCAGGAGUCUGAUUGUACUUGGAAACAAGAAAAAGGAAAACAAGGAGCCCAGCUUUAACAUCGACUUUACACAGGAAGUCAAUCUGCCAUCUCCUCAAACAUUGAUGAUCAAACUGUUGAUGAAUGCAGCAUUCCCAUUCAAAAGCAGAGGUCAUGGAGGUCCAUCGCUCUCCCUCCUCCACAUCCUCUCUGUUAAUAUUCACCGCAGCACAGAAGCUCUCUGGGACAAGGAGAUCCCUCCUCUGCUGGCGGUACUGGAGGAGUCAACGGCAGAGAAUCUUGAUAAGAAAAGAUGGCAUGAAAAUGUCCUGGAGAUCCUGUCCAAAACGUUGGUUGCUGUUGACGAUGACAAGUGGGUGUGCCAGUUAGCAGCAGAAGCAACUAGAUACUUGUCCACCUAUAACAGUGAUUUGGAGGAGAAGAGUUUCCUGUAUCAGUGUAUAGGAGUGACCCUGCAGCAUUCUCUCAAUAAGGAGUUUGUUAAAAAACAGUUGCAGGAAAUCCUCCUAACAGCACGACACAAUGAUGCUGUUGAAAGAGAGGGCGUGGCUCUGGGCGUCGGGCGCUGCGCUAACAGCCAUCUAGACGGAACUCUGGCCAAACUGGAAGAGUUUGGAAAAUCGGAUGCAUUCAAGAAAUCGCCAAGCAUCUUUAACUUGCUCAAAGAACGCAACGAUGUUGAGACGGAGAAAGUGAAAAGCACGUUAAUCCUGUGUUACGGUCACGUGGCUGUAAACGCUCCUUCAGAGAAGAUCCUGGAUCGUAUUGAUCAAGACAUUCUUCGCUGUAUCAGUAAACAUUUCAACACCAAGGUGACAAAUGUCAUCAAUGGGAAAGGUCCACUUAAUGUGCUUGGAAUUAAAGUAGAGACCAAGGAUCUGACAAUGAAACUGAGUUUGAUCCAGAGUAUCGGCCUCGUCGCUAAAGCCAUCAGUGAGUGUGUGAGGAAACAAGGCUACGUCUUCACUCGCAAACAGGAGCUCAUUUCUGUCAUGCUGGAUUUUAUUAAAGCCGAACCUGCCGAUUCACUUCGGACUCCAGUGCGCCACCUGGUGAUGAGCACCUGUGCCAACCUCACGCCUCUGGACCCUGCGCUGAGUGAGAAUGAGAGUUUUGACUUGCUGAAGGUGUGUGUGAACAGUGUAUUCUCUUUACCGCUGGAGACGCACACACCAGAAAAAAACAAAGAAGAGGAAAUAUUGGACCCCAAGCAAAGAAAGGCCUUGUACAAAGACACCCUGACUGCACUGCAUGGGUUACUGAACAGUGUGCUCACCAAGGAUCCUACACCUGAUAGUCUACAGAGUGUUUUUAAGCACAUCGAAUGCUGGUUGAGCUCACCGCAAGAAUACGAGAGAGAGAGAGCUAUCACAGCCACCGCCUGCAUGCUGACUCACUACCUGGACAACAUGACAGUCAAGAACAUGGUGUCCUUCCAUAACCUUGGAGCUCUGCUGGGUCGACUGUCUCCACGCUGCUCUGACCCUCACCUUGUUGUACGCACCGGCGCCAUUGACUGUAUACACACUCUGCUGUGUAUCCAGCUACGCUAUGAAGGUGUCUCUCUUGGCUAUAAAGAUGAAGCCGUGGAUGGGCUAUUACUUCUGAAAGACAGACUAGAAAAUCCUGACCAUUCAGUUCUCUACAAGACCUGCUCCGAGAUCACCUGGGUGAUGAGUAAGCGUCUACCUCUGCAGCAGCUCACCACCUUCGUGUUCAUGUUGUUUGAGGGCCUGGUCGACAGUCAGUCAAACUGCUGCAGAGCGUCAUCUGUCAUACUCAACACUCUGCUAAAGAACCGAGGCGGCGGAAUACAAGAGAUGGUACCUGAGAUGCUGGAGGUGCUUCACAUGCAACUGCAGAGCAUCACUGAGGAGCAGGUGAGAGUGGCAGUCGGGCAGACCGUACUAAUCCUGGCAUCUCAACAUCUCCAGACUGUUGUUAAUACUCUCAUUAACCAACCGCUUCCAUAUGACAGUUGGACCAGUGAGAUGUGGAUGGCUUUGGGAGCAGACCCCGUAGUAGCCAAUCAGAUCAUUGAAAUGGUAAUGGAGAAACUUUCCGUCAUGGCGCCCUAUGUGGACAAGAAAGAUUCAAUGAUCAGAGGCGGAACAACCAAGAUGGCGACACCUAAGCCACUUGCUAUGACGUGUGGUCUCAAAGAACUCUUAUUAAAUGGACAGAGCCAAGAGCCGGCCCUAAGUCAGUUCCCUCAGCUCUUUUCCUGCCUCACUGUCAGAAUGGGAGCUAGCGUCGGAGUCUCGGCACCGAAGGAUAACAACACAAAACACGCCGCCUCCGUCCACGUUGCAGGAGUUGCAGCUGAUGCACUGAGAAUCUUGCUAGCGAGAGCUCAGUUAGAUGAGGUGAUGAGAAGACUGGAUGAGGCUAAUGCUUGGGACGCAAUGAAGGAACAGAAUACACACAUAACUGGAGUUACGCUACUAGCAAGGGCGAUGGCCAAACACGCCGGUCCCAGGUUGCCGGCCAUUGUUGAGUGUCUGUGUCCAUCCUUGAACAACAUCUACGAGUGUCAGCGAAUCACCGUGACAGCUUUUUUCUCCGAGCUCCUGAAUCAUCAUGUGGCGACAGAGUUGAUGUUGAUUGACGUGUUAAUGAACAACAUGAUGGAAAGGAUAUCAGACCCGUGUGCCACUGUCCGCAUGCUGGCUGUGCGGGGGCUGGGCAAUAUAGCCGUCGGCUCACCUGAAAAGGUGAACAAAUACGCCAAACAGCUGCUAGCAGCCAUGAGUUCUGGCAUGGAGGAGAAAGACGAUCCAGGCAAGCUGAUUACUCUUGAGGCCAUGUCAGGUCUUUCUAAAGUUCUCGUCUACCUGGAUAAGAAGAAUAUCCACCUGCUAGUGGUUUAUAUCUUCAUGAAGAUCAAGCCAUUUUUGGAGAGUGAGAAUGAUGAGAUCCGCUGCGCUUCCAUUCAUCUCAUGGGGAACCUGUCUAAGUUUGGUUCUGGAGAGCCGGUCUUCAAAGACCAGAUCCACAAUGUUCUUGUCAGCCUGCUUUUACACCUGGUGGACCCAAACCCACAUGUAGUCAAGGCGUGUAAAUAUGCGAUGCGUGUGUGUGCUCCAAUGGUGGGCUCCGAGCAGAUCACAGCCAUGUUUCAGAAUCAUCUCUACGAGGACAAGAGCUUACACUACGGGGAGUUCAUCAAUGAUCUCACCAAGUACCUGAUCCAGGACUUCCCAGGCAUGCUAAACUUCUACCACAUCUCAGUCCUCCAGUUCUUCAAGAGCAACUGGUCUGAAGUCCGAGCAGGCGCCGCCAUGUUCAUAGGGUUUCUGCUGGGGAACCUUCCAGAGGAACAUUUCUCCCAUCUCAAUAUGGGCACCAUUACUAAAGGUCUUGUGAUGCUGCUUCAAGAUCCCGACCCCGUGGUGAGAGUCAAGGCUGCAGAGGCCAUGGGACACUUCCACUGACACAAAGCUCUCCUUUGCUAGCUAGUCUUUGCACGUCAUUAUGUACACAUUCACACAGAGUCCGUGUUCGUUCGGGAUGGUCGUACAACCACCACAACGUUCGUGCCGUGACAAAGACAUUCCAUUCGAAGGAACUCUUGCAAUUCCACAAACGCAUCAACACUGAAACACACUUGCACUUAAACAUGUGUAGCUUUAUAGAUCUUCAUUUGUCACUUGACUUACAGUACUUGGAACAUUUUAGUAACCAAAGACUGCAGCAGAGGCAUACCAGGUAUGUACUCGUCACACACAUGCAAUUUGUUUUUUAAUGAUAUUAUUGUUUAUAGGAAAAAAAUGAUAGUUUCUUCCAAUAAUAUGUGAAUGAGACAUUAGUGAGUAGAUAUAUAAAUAUGACUGUUCUACAUGUGUGAGCUCGAUUGCUUGUCAAAGUCUGGAAUUCAUGAAAAAAGAUGCCAUAUCAAGCCAAACGUUUUACUUUGCUUUUGGCUUUAGUUGCUGGGUUUGAUCCCGUUCUUUAUUUUUGUCACAUGACCCACCCAGCCAAUCGUCAUCUAUGGAUCGCCAACGUAUAAAAUGUCAGUUGGCUGAUUGGGACCAAAAGGGGGGGGGGGGGUUUGAGCCAUAUCGGUGCCAAGCAACAACUCAUAACUGCCAGCAUUACAUACAGUCUCAUUAUUUUUUGAUUUACACACAAUUCUGAAAUUAUAAUUACUGUGUAAUAAAUGCCGUUAGCAUAGCAGCCGAUGGACGUGUUUGAAUAGUGCAAUAUGAGACCUCACAAUUCAUAGAUAAAUUCAUAAAUGGAUUCUCACGCAUGGUACUUUUCGUGUUAAUUUGUAUAUUACAGCACAUACUGUACUUUUUUAAUGACAAUGUCACAACUGGAAUGUUUUUUUUUUUACAUGUCACUUUUUGUGUUUACAUGCUUGUAUGCCAGCCUUAUGAUUUGUCCUUGACCCGCCCUUGACUGCUUUCAUUUUGCAUUCCUGUCCGAAAACUACAACCAGCCAGGUCGUGGGUCACCUUUUUAUCUUUAAGCAGUUGCUUCAUUAGUGAAUAAGAACAUUUGUUAAUAAUAAUAACAACAACAUUUGUUAAGCUCAUGCAAACAUCUUUUCCAGCAUCUGUGUUUAUUUAUUAAGAUGUUAAACGGGGACUCAAAGCUUGUUGCACUUUCAAACAUUGUUCAAAUGCUAUUUGUUGGUUGUUUCAGUGUUUGGCAUUGCUUAUUACAUUACAUGUUUACAAUAUUAUGCCAGUCUAGCAUAUUAAAUAUGUUUUGGAUGUUU